AUGUCAACACAUGCAAAUCACCCAUUUCACUUAGUAGAUUAUAGCCCUUGACCUUUAACAGGAGCUAUCGGAGCUAUAACAACAGUUACAGGCCUUGUCCAAUGAUUUCAUCAAUAUGAUAAUACUUUAUUUUUAUUGGGUAAUAUCAUUACUAUAUUAACUAUAUAUCAAUGAUGACGAGAUAUUUCUCGAGAAGGAACUUUUCAAGGACUUCACACUAUUCCCGUAACAUUAGGAUUACGAUGAGGAAUAAUUUUAUUUAUUAUUUCUGAAGUUUUUUUCUUUAUUUCCUUCUUUUGAGCUUUUUUCCAUAGUAGCUUAUCCCCAACAAUCGAAUUAGGAAUAGUUUGACCUCCAAUUGGAAUUGAACCUUUUAAUCCUUUUCAAAUUCCUCUUUUAAAUACAGCUAUUUUAUUAGCUUCCGGAGUUACAGUAACCUGAGCUCAUCAUAGUUUAAUAGAAAAUAAUCACACUCAAACAAUUCAAAGAUUAUUUUUUACUGUUCUUUUAGGAAUUUAUUUUUCAAUUCUUCAAGCUUAUGAAUAUAUUGAAGCUCCUUUUACAAUUGCUGAUAAUGUUUAUGGGUCUACAUUUUUUGUAGCAACAGGAUUCCAUGGACUACACGUAUUAAUUGGAACUUCUUUUCUAUUAAUUUGUUUAUUUCGACAUAUAAAUUGUCAUUUUUCUAGAAGUCAUCAUUUUGGAUUUGAAGCAGCUGCUUGAUAUUGACAUUUUGUUGAUGUAGUUUGACUAUUCUUAUAUAUUUCAAUUUAUUGAUGAGGUAAUUA